CCACCACCAGCAACUCCAUAUCUGGAAUCAGGUUUUUUUCUUUUCGUUACAUUUGAAAGCCCUGAAAAUUAGUUUCUUAGUCUUUUGGGAGAGAUGGAGAUUGGGUCCAAUGGGGGAUCAGACCAAGACCCACCUCCCAAAAUGGAGGAACAAGAAGAGAAACCAAGCAAGAAGAUAAGUGUUUCCUUUUUUGGUAUGUUUGCUGCUGCUGAUGCAAUUGAUUGUUUGUUGAUGCUGUUUGGAAGCUUAGGAGCGUUUGUUCAUGGGGCUGCUCUUCCUGUUUUCUUUGUUCUGUUUGGUCGGAUCAUCGAUUCUUUGGGACAUUUUUCCAGACAUCCCCAUACACUGUCUUCUCGUAUUGCUGAAAAUGCUUUGUUGUUGAUCUAUCUUGGCCUCAUUGUGUUGGCAUCAGCAUGGAUAGGUGUGGCUUUCUGGAUGCAAACGGGAGAGAGGCAGGCGGCAAGGUUGAGAAUGAAGUAUCUCAACUCAAUUUUGAAGAAAGAUAUACACUUUUUCGACACGAAGGCCAAAGAUUGCAACAUAAUCUUCCAUAUCUCAAGUGAUAUGGUUCUGGUUCAAGAUGCCAUAGGCGACAAGAUAGGCCAUGCUUUGCGUUAUUUCUCCCAAUUCGUAGUUGGAUUUGGCAUUGGAUUUACAUCAGUUUGGAAACUGACGCUUCUGACUUUGGCCAUUGUUCCAUUGGUAGCCAUUGCAGGAGGUGCAUACACAAUCAUCAUGUCCACUCUAUCUGAAAAAGGUGAAGCUGCCUAUGCUCAAGCUGGAAAGACGGCUGAAGAGGUUAUUGCACAGAUUCGAACAGUGUACGCAUAUGUAGGAGAAAGUAAAGCCGUGGAGAAAUAUUCCGAGUCGCUUCAAAAUGCAUUCAAACAUGGGAAGAGGAGUGGUUUUGCUAAAGGAAUUGGCGUGGGGUUUACAUAUAGUCUUCUGUUUUGUGCCUGGGCUUUGCUCCUCUGGUAUGCCAGCCUACUCGUCCUCCGCCACGAAACAAAUGGAGGGAAAGCUUUUACGACGAUUAUCAAUGUCAUCUUCAGUGGAUUUGCGCUCGGUCAAGCUAUGCCGAAUCUCGCUGCCAUCGCAAAAGGUCGGGUGGCUGCAGCCAACAUCUUUAGCAUGAUUGACUCAGGUUAUGAAUCGUGGUCGAGGUCGGAUAAUGAAGUAGCAUUGUCAAAUGUAGCAGGGAAGAUUGAGUUUUCUGAGGUUUCCUUUGCUUAUCCCUCCCGACCCCAACUGAUUUUUGAGGAGUUAAGCUUCUCAAUAAGUGCUGGAAAGACAGUUGCAGUUGUUGGCCCCAGUGGCUCAGGAAAGAGUACCAUUGUUUCCAUGGUUCAGCGUUUCUACGAACCGUCUUCAGGUAAGAUACUAUUGGAUGGAUAUGAUCUUAGGUCCCUUGAUUUGAAAUGGUUGAGAAGGCAAAUGGGGUUGGUUAGUCAAGAGCCUGCCUUGUUUAGUACCACAAUAGCUGCCAAUAUUCUUUUUGGUCAAGAACAUGCAGCCAUGGAUGAGAUCAUUGCAGCUGCUCAAGCUGCUAAUGCUCAUUCCUUCAUUCAAGAACUACCAGAUGGUUACUCAACUUCGGUCGGAGAGGGAGGGACGCAGCUUUCAGGUGGGCAAAAGCAGAGGAUUGCCCUUGCAAGGGCAGUUUUACGAAAUCCAAAAAUAUUACUUCUAGAUGAGGCAACCAGUGCUCUUGAUGCAGAAUCAGAACUCAUUGUUCAGCAGGCACUGGACAGAAUCAUGUCGAAUCGAACGACGAUCAUCGUUGCACAUCGACUUUCCACAAUUCAAGAUGCUGAUACCAUCACUGUCCUGAAAAACGGUCAAAUUGUUGAGAGUGGAAAUCAUUCAGAAUUGAUGUCAAACAAUGGUGAGUAUGCAGCUCUAGUAAGCUUGCAAGUAUCAGACCAAGUGAAUGAUUGUAGCAUAAUAUCUCCAUCUAGGAGUUCCGGGCGUUCUAGUUUUCGAGAAUCUUUUAGCUUUCAUAACAGUAUACAAGAUUCCAAGUCAUUCAGAGAGACUGAGCUACAAUCAGCAAACAAAGAUUCAAAAACUUCGAACUCUCCUCCGUCGAUAUGGGAGCUACUGAAGUUAAACGCACCCGAGUGGCCUUAUGCAGUACUAGGAUCGAUCGGGGCAAUUCUUGCAGGCAUUCAAGCUCCUUUGUUUGCACUUGGCAUAACCCAUGUCCUAUCUGCAUUUUAUUCUCCUCAUCAUUCUCAAAUCAAAGAAGAGGUCCAACAUGUCGCCUAUGUGUUUAUUGGAGUUUCUAUUCUCACCAUUCCUAUAUAUCUGUUGCAACACUACUUCUAUACCUUAAUGGGAGAGAGACUAACCGCUCGUGUUCGUUUGCUGUUAUUCUCAGCUAUCCUUUCCAACGAAGUUGGUUGGUUUGAUUUAGAUGAGAACAACACUGGAUCCUUGACAUCAAUCUUGGCAUCCGAUGCAACGUUAGUAAGAAGUGCUCUGGCUGACCGUAUAUCGACGAUCGUGCAGAAUCUAGCGCUCACUGUGGCUGCAUUUGUUAUUGCCUUUAUAUUCAGUUGGCGCCUUGCAGCUGUUGUUGCUGCUUCUUUGCCCCUUCUUAUUGGAGCUUCAAUAACUGAGCAACUAUUUCUCAAGGGCUUCGGAGGAGAUUAUAGUCGAGCGUAUAACCGUGCAACAGCUGUAGCACGCGAAGCCAUCGCCAAUAUUCGCACGGUUGCAGCAUUUGGUGCUGAAGAAAAGAUCUCAAGUCAAUUUGCCUUUGAAUUAAACAAACCCAAUAAGCAGGCCCUUGUGAGAGGCCAUAUUGCUGGCUUUGGCUAUGGCAUAUCCCAGUUCUUUGCAUUCUGUUCCUAUGCACUUGGCCUUUGGUAUGCAUCAACUCUUAUCAAACACAAACACUCAAACUUUGGGGACAUCAUGAAAUCUUUCAUGGUUUUGAUAAUCACAUCAUUAGCAAUAGCAGAAACUCUGGCUCUUACACCUGAUAUUGUAAAAGGCUCUCAAGCAUUAGGAUCAGUCUUCAAUAUUCUCCAUCGGAGAACCGCCAUAGAUUCUGACAAUCGAUCCGCCGAGAUGGUAACUAACAUCAGGGGCGACAUUGAAUUCAGAAACGUGAGUUUUAAGUACCCUGCAAGACCAGAUAUCACAAUCUUUGAGGAUUUGAAUCUAAGGGUAUCUGCAGGCAAGAGUCUAGCUGUUGUCGGUCGAAGUGGGUCAGGAAAGAGCACGGUGAUAGCAUUGGUGAUGAGAUUCUACAACCCCAUGUCGGGAACUAUCUCUAUCGAUGGGCGUGACAUUACAAGCUUAAACUUGAGAUCAUUAAGGAUGAAAAUUGGGUUGGUUCAACAAGAACCAGCUUUGUUUUCCACAACAGUACAUGAGAACAUCAAGUAUGGGAAUCAGGAGGCAUCAGAAAUUGAAGUAAUGAAAGCAGCUAAGGCAGCUAACGCUCAUGGCUUCAUCAGCCGAAUGCCGAAUGGCUAUGCAACGCACGUUGGCGACCGAGGAGUGCAGCUCUCUGGAGGGCAGAAGCAGAGGGUGGCAAUUGCUAGAGCAAUACUGAAAGAGCCUUCCAUUCUUCUGUUGGAUGAAGCAACAAGUGCAUUGGAUGCAGCCUCUGAGAAGCAGGUGCAGGAGGCUCUUGACAGGCUAAUGGAAGGCCGGACAACAAUUCUCGUCGCCCACCGGCUUACAACCAUCCGCAAUGCCAACAGAAUCGCCGUGCUCAAGAGUGGCAGAGUGGUUGAGAUUGGCAGCCAUGAUAGCUUACUGAAGAACCCCAACAGUAUCUAUAAACAGUUGGUGAACUUACAGCAGGAAACGAGUGUGCAAUCGCUUGAGUAGUUGGUUUAGCUGUUGUAUACGAAAUCAUCUCCCACGAGCCUGAGAUAGCAAAACAGAUGGAAAGAGAGAAAACAUCUGCACCAUGGGUGUGUUUUGUGCUGUAAUCUUGUUCUCUCUCACCUACUUGAGUAAAUUCUAUAUUUUGAAGUGAAUGCAUGAAACUCUUAACAUUAUAUAGCUUCCAUUCCAA